GAAGCUGCAAACAGGCUUGGAAGCAACAUCUUCAACUCUUCAACAAGAUAUCAUGGAAAAAGGCCAGGGACCUCCCUUUGAAAUGGCAGCACCGCCUUACCCCGGCCCUCCCAUGGGUCAUGCAGCCUACCCACCCCAGCCUGCUCAGCAUCCUUCCUAUGCGUACAGUCAACAGCAGCCUCAGAUGGCACAGCCUGCUCAGCAUCCUUCCUACAUGUACAGUCAACAGCAGUUUCAGGUGGUACAGCCUGUGAACCAAGUGGUGGUGGUGCAGCAGCUACCCACGGAGGCUCCUGGACAGAUGGUUUGUGCUCAUUGCCAUAACAGUGUUGUUACGAGAGUGGAGUACAAAAGUGGUUUGCUCACCUGGCUGAUCUGUGGCGGACUUGGACUUUUCCUGUGCUGGCCUUGCUGUUGGAUCCCCUUCUGCGUGGAUUCUUGCAAGGAUGUGGAGCACUCCUGCCCACAUUGUAACCAAGUCCUGCACAUCCACAAACGCAUGUGAAGCAGAGCUGCUGUUUAAACUCUGCUGAAGUAACAAAAAAAGAGAUGAGUCAGCAUGACUAAACAAACAUCUGUACAGGAGACAAGCCUUUCCAUGCAAACACUUCAGACGUCAUCAUGAGCUCUGAGCUAACUUCUAUCAAACACAUAUAGUACCUAUGAUAUUCUGUACUGAGACUGUUUAAGAUAUCACAUUGGCAGGGAUUUCUCUUUUUCUUUUAUCUGUUUAUUUUAAAUGGUCAGUGAUGUUGAGGAACGAGUAGUUCAUAAAAUUAGAUAAAAUAUACAAUUGUUGUUUCAUGACUUGACCUUUGUGAUGUUGUCUCCAUAUAAUAUAACUAAGUGCUACAUUUAUGUAACAUUGUAGGAGGGGAAAUGUUUAAUUUGCCUAAUAUGACAUCAAAUUCUUUUUUUUUUUUUGAAAAUGUCAAGAUCAAUAUUUAACUGAAAUAAACAUAACUAUGUGCAAAUUAAAAUAAAUUACUUUUUUAUUGAAACAAAUUUUAUAUAUACAGUUGAAAGUUUUCACCAUAAUAACCAAAUAAAAGUUUGUACCCUCAGUGACAAAUAUGAAUAAAAAAACAAAACAACUGAUCAUAACUGUU